AUGGGUAGACUUAUUUUAAAUUGCACGACAAUAGGUUCUAAAGAAAAUUUAUAUGCUUUAGUUAUUCCUAAAGAUACUGAAAUAAUUGCAUUGAGGAAUAAUCUAGUGGAAAGUUAUGAAGAACAAAAACUUUGCUAUGUAGAGGCUGCUUCCAAAGACGAUGCCGAAAAAGCAGGUCCUUCUAAUUUACCCCAAAACCUAGAAAUCUUACUAAUGGACAAUGAAAUCAAACAAUUGGACCAGAAUAUCAAACAGUGCAACAAUGCAAUCAAGACAUUACACCUGAAUUGCGGAGAAAAUGACAAACUGAAGGAGCAAAUAUUUUUUUAUGAAGACUCAUUCUCCAAAUUAGGAUGCUUUCCAGUCACUCCAAAGUUAAUAGAAGAACUCAAACUCAAAAUUGAAGCCACCAAUGAAGAGAAACAGCUAAGAGAAAAAGUUCGCAAUUUAGAAAAAGAACUUUGUUUGUACACCUACUCACUCAACGAUGUUGAAGUGCUCAGGCAAAGAUCUCUACUUCUAGAGGAAGUCUUGAUAGAUCGAGAAAGACUAAGUCAAAAAGUAGAGCAACUGGGUAUUCUAGAUCAAGAAAUUCAUAAUUUAAAAAAGAAAGCAGCUAUAGUGGAUGAACUGGAGAAUUGUGUUUUAAAAAUGAGAAGAGAGAAAAAUUUUUUGGAAAUAGAAUUGAAUCAAUUAAAACGGAAAUUGUCUAUUGUCGAAGGAGAAGAAUUCAACAGAAAAGCGGAAAGAGAGAUUUUAGAAUCCAAAAUUGUUUGCAUGGAACAGAAAAUAACAAAUCUCAAAUCCUUAUGUGAAGACAAAGAAAGAUUAAGGGUAGAACGUGAUCAUCUGAAGUACAGUCUUGAGGAAAUGAUAAGGAAGUUAGAAGAUGUUGAGAAAAUGAGGAAACAAAUUCAAUGUUUGGAAGCAUUGAAAGCUGAGCGUGAUAUAUUCAAAUCAAAAUAUGAAACUCUGAUGGGAUUGGAACAUGAAUGUGAUUUAUUGAGAGAUCAACUAGAUAGAACAAAAUAUGUAGAAAUAGAGCGAAAUUCCUUAGAAAUUCGGUUAGAAGAUUUGGAAGCUUGCUUAGAAGAUCAAGAAAAUGAAAAAAAGAGAUUGGUUCAUUAUAUAAAUACAUUAUCUAAAGCAAGGGAUGAGGAACAAGAGAAGUUCAAGAAAUAUGCAAACCAAAUGAGAAUAGAAAUUGAGAAGAAAGAUAGUUUGAUAACUUCUACCCAAGAAAAAUUAAGUUUUUUAGUAACUAGACUUGAAGAUUCUGUCAUUGACCUUAAUUCUCAAACACUAGAACACAAAAGUAAAACCAGUAACUUAGAAUCAGACAUUAAUACUUUAACUCUUAAAUUAAAUAAUUUUAAAGCAAAAAACGAGAAGUUGGAGGACUGUCUUAGAAACAUCGGAAAUGAAAAUCAAAGAUUGAUACAACAUAUCAUGGACUUGAAGAAAGAAAACGAUAAUCUUAUAAAAAAUCUCAAGAAUCUAAAAGAGAAUAAUAUUUGUCUGAUGAAAACAUUGGAAGAAAAAGAAGAUUCGUUGAACUCGACAAGUGAAGCUUAG